AAUCAGCUGUCGAAUGUUAUCACAGCUGCUGAAUGUUAUUCAAUUCUCACGCAUUAAUUUUGGAAAAAUACACUUACUGGUUUCCACAUAAAGUAAAGAAAAUAAACCAUUCUUAGCUAAAUGCUGCGACAAUGCGUUCCCAAGUCGCCAGUGCGCGUGCACACUAGCGCUUGUGGUGCAUUACGAAGUGCGGCGACGAACGCCACGGCUCCAGCAUCCAAAGAAAAGAUUGAAGAAAUACGUGAGCGUUUAACCAAAGGACCAAAUUUCCAAGAUUUCGUACAAAAUCCGGAAUAUACACGUGAGGAGUGGACUGAUUAUGAGGGCAAAUUGCGGCGAGAGAAAGGAGAAAAUGAACGACUACGCCUGCCACCUUGGCUAAAGACCACCAUACCCAUGGGCAAAAACUUUGCAAAAAUUAAAACACAGUUGCGUGAAUUGAAAUUGGCCACGGUGUGCGAGGAGGCACGCUGUCCCAAUAUUGGCGAAUGUUGGGGAGGUGGUGAACAUGGCACCCAGACAGCCACUAUUAUGCUGAUGGGCGACACUUGUACUCGUGGUUGUCGUUUCUGCUCUGUCAAAACUGCCCGAAAGCCACCACCACUGGAUCCCGCUGAGCCAGUAAACACAGCCAAGGCGAUUGCCUCCUGGGGUUUAGAUUACAUUGUGCUGACUUCAGUAGAUCGAGAUGAUUUACCAGAUGGUGGUUCAAAUCACAUCGCUGAAACUGUGCGUGAAAUUAAAGAGCGAAAUCCAAACAUCUUCGUUGAGUGUCUGGUGCCUGAUUUUCGUGGCGAUACGAAGUGCGUCGAAACCAUAGCCAAUAGUGGACUAGAUGUUUAUGCGCACAAUAUAGAAACUGUUGAGAAGUUAACACCAUUUGUGCGUGAUCGACGCGCUCACUACCGCCAGACGUUGACUGUGUUGCGGGAAGCGAAGCAAUUCAAUCCUAAACUCGUUACAAAGAGCUCCAUAAUGCUGGGUUUGGGUGAGACAGACGCUGAGGUUGAACAAACUAUGCUAGAUUUGCGUGAAGCUGGUGUGGAGUGCCUCACCUUGGGUCAAUAUAUGCAACCGACAAAUAAGCAUUUGAAAGUUAUUGAAUAUGUGACACCUGAAAAAUUCAAGCAUUGGGAGAAGCGUGGAAAUGAAUUAGGUUUCUUGUACACCGCGAGCGGACCACUAGUACGUAGCUCAUACAAGGCAGGCGAAUUUUUCAUUACAAGCAUCUUGAAGAGUCGACAAGAACAAACAGAGAAGGUGGUCGAAGCUGAGGAAACGAAGGGAAAUUAAUUAUAAAUUGGAAAAAAUAUACCUACUGAUAUGGGCGCAUUUUAAAAGCCAGCAAGGAACGUUGCAUGACCCUGAGGAACUAGUUGAGACGAGUUGGAUAGAGUGGGAAUUAUUAGAUUUGCAUUAUUAAUAACGCUAACAAAAUCGUUGUGCACUGUCUGUAGUAAGAAAAUACCAUAUACAUACUUACAUAUUAUCUUAGAUUAAAACUUAUAAUUAUUUAAAAGUGAUAUGUAGAUUGGCAUAUGUAUGUACACCUAUUCGAUAACAUAUAGUUAGUAAAAUUUGUUACGCUUGUUUGAAAAUCGUAUAAAAUUA